AAACCUAGCCGCUAUAACUUCUGCCCUAAUUUUCCCUUCCGCAUCUUCGCCUGGCUCCAAGAUGCAGAUCUUCGUCAAAACCUUGACGGGGAAGACCAUAACCCUAGAGGUCGAGUCUUCGGACACCAUCGACAAUGUCAAAGCUAAGAUUCAAGACAAAGAAGGAAUUCCACCUGACCAACAACGCCUCAUCUUCGCCGGGAAGCAGCUGGAGGACGGCCGCACCUUAGCCGACUACAACAUCCAGAAGGAAUCCACUCUCCACCUUGUCCUCCGUCUCAGGGGUGGCGCUAAGAAGAGGAAGAAGAAGACCUACACCAAGCCCAAGAAGAUCAAGCACAAGAAGAAGAAGGUCAAGCUCGCCGUGCUCCGGUUUUACAAGGUUGAUGAGUCCGGGAAGGUUCAGAGGCUGAGAAAAGAGUGCCCUAAUGCCGAAUGCGGAGCCGGGACUUUCAUGGCUAAUCAUUUCGAUAGGCACUAUUGCGGUAAGUGUGGCCUCACCUACGUUUACCAGAAAGCCGGUGGGGAUUGAGUAGGGUCGGGUUCCACCUUUGGUUUGGGUCCUACAAAAGAAUUCGAUCAGUAUGGGCAUUAGCGUUUUUUAUUUCAGUAAUUGUCGAACCUUUUAAAUUUUUAUGUUUCAUUAUGUUAUGAUGCUUGGGAUAUGUUUUUGGAGUUGUUUUGAUUUAGAAUAUGAUAUUUUUCUAAACAAUUUUGUUUGUUUUUUAUUUGAUUGGCUUCUUUUUU